AGAUUGACGUUUCCGACUUUGACAUCAAAGCCCAGACGAAAACAUAAACAGUUUACGGCAAUUGUUUCCCCUGUAUUUUCUUUAAUCAGAUGGCAGAAAGUGCUGAGAAUGUUGUCGACGUUGACUUGGAUGAUAGUAAGGACAGUAGCAGCAACGACAGCGGAUGUGUAGCUCGAUUUUCCGUUCCCGAUUCAUUCGACAUAGCCCAGGAUGUACAGGAACUUGCUCAGUCGCACGAACAAGAUGCCAAGGCAGAAAAACAUCACAAACUAGGCAGAUUACGCCGCGCCGUACGAGUUCGACUAAGACAAUCUCAUCCUUACGGAAUACCCGAAUUCAAGGAGAGGAAACUGCGGAUGGCUGCUUCGGUCUGCAAUGUUGAGGAAGUGACGAGACUUCUAGAGAACGGAACAAAUCCCAACUGCACGGACGAGUAUAAGCGAAGCCCACUGCAUUUGGCCUCGUGCCGUGGCUACACCACUGUAGUCACAGAACUCCUCAAGUUUGGCGCCAAUCCCAAUAUCGUCGACUUACUGGGCAACACACCACUUCAUCUGGCUGUGAUUUCGGCCAGCUCCAACAGUUUUAACACGGUUGUGAAGAUCCUCUUGGAAGGCGGCGCCAGUGUUCACGCUCUGGAUCGCAACGGCAAGAACCCAUUCGACUUGGCUGAAAGCAAGCUGCGUCUAUAUCGAUCACGUUUCACCAGCCCCACCCCAGAGAUUGUGAGGAUAGUGAACGAUCUGUUGGCUCUGAUCUACUUAAUCGCGAAGUACUACAUUAAGGAGGAAACACAUAUGCAGGAGCUCGCUCUCCUGGAGAAACGACUGGAGGGGCUGAGUACAAAAGACGAGGUAACUUCCGAAGCGGAUUUACUACUAGCGAAUAUCGAGCGUCUAACGAUUUCUAAGUAAUCCCAUCACUGUCUUCGACUUGUCUUUCUUUGUAUAGUUUAAUUACGAUUCAUAGGAAUAAGGUUUCUAUAUAUAUACAUGAAAAUUUGCUCCAAGAAGCCAGAUUAUCGACAAAUUACAUGUUCAGGUCGGAAUUACAACUGCCAAUAAACUGGAUUUA